AUGAAGAGCGUACUCUUUUUACCCAUCUUGCAGCAAGCUGCUAGCGCAUCCCUACUCUCUGCCAGGCAAUUCACCGAAGGUCCUGAUAUCGGGAUCAACGGAUUCAGCAGUAUACCAGGCAACGGUGACGCCACUCCAGCGCAGCAGGCUCUUUUCGCCAGUGCUGGACGCAGCUCGAACACGUCCACAGAAGCCAGCUUCCCCUUCUCGCUGGACAGCCCAAACGAAAACUGGACCUGGCGAGUGAACGUGACCAACGUGGCUCUCCCUGCUGACCUGUCUCCUAAUGGACUGGAGAACUACAGCGCCGCAUAUCUGCAGUGGGACUUACAAUGGUCUGGCGGACGCAAUCUGAAGGAAUACCUUGGCCCAGCGACCGGUCAGGACCCUACAGCUCGUGCUUCCCUCUGUAUCAAAGCACAAUCAUACCCGGUGCCGUCCAACGUCACCAGCCGAUAUUCCGCAGACGACAAUGGUAAUUGCUCGAGUGUUCUCGGUAACGAGUGCGCUACAGCAGUGGCAGAUGCACUUGGCAAACAAAACUCCUGUUCCGGGCUGCUGGCAUUCGCAGCUGGUAUGGCAGCCUGCCAGGACUCGCUGGGCACCGGCAUGUCAGGCGGCGGUGGUCUUCAGAUAGAAUUGAGCAACUCCACAUUUGGACCGUCUCAGGACCAGUCGCUCCAAUCCGGCGAGACCAUCUUCUCUCUGACUUACAAGCCGCUCCCAGCAUCGAACCUUUCCAACUACGAAGCUGCAUUGAGUCGACUCAAUGUGCUGUACAUCGGAGCCACGUCACAAAAUAGUCCAACGCUGCUCUGCCAGGUCGUUGACCUUGCCGCAACAUCUGGUUCCUCGACUACAAUCAGCUCGAUGGCCUACGUCGUAGUAUUUUCGUUAGCAGCGAGUAUUGUCAUUGCUCUUUAA